GUUCCUGUGGGCGCCUUCCAUGCAUAUAGCAUUUUUGUCAACUACCGGAUCAGCAGGAGCUCGCCAAGAUUUAAUGGAAUGCCAGAGUCUGCACCGGACACUGUUGGGCGGUGCAGUAAGCUUAUCACUGGCUGCUCCUUACCUAUGACUGCUGACACUGUUCCAGCGUUGCAGCUCUUGCUCGUGUAACAUGAGGCCAAAGCCAACCUACCCCAGUAUCAAAUUUGAGGAAGAAGAGAAGAACACCAUAAAUGAGAGACGUAGUUGUUGGGGCGGUGAGGAAUCCGGAGGAAGUCGAUGAUGAUGACCUCCCAAGAAUAGACGUUGUACACCUCCUACGUGUGAUCAUCGUCUCUCACAGCUUUCUUCCUUCGGUGUGGGAGUGGAGCUACUAGGCGUGAAUUCAAGGCCACCUUCCUUAUCGAUCCAGCUUCUGAGCACUUGCCCUCCAUCUCUGCUUGUUUCCUGGCAUCACUGUUGGUCCUGAUUGGACCACCUUUGCCAUCUUCGGUCGCCAAUAACCACUACCGCCAAACCUACUGUGCGGAAGGACGAUCUGCAACAGUAUCAGUGACAAUAGUAAUAACUAACCGACGUUGCAAGUGUUCCUGCAGGAAGUCUUCAGCCUAAGAUUAACUAUUCAGAGAGGGUAACUCGGGGAUUUAUAGUGGAAGAUCACCCUUCUCCAACGAGUCAUUGGACGGCGAGGGGCUUCUAGGAAGAAGAGAAGGAGCCACAUAUGAUGGAGGACCAAACGCAAGCGAAGUCAACGGCAGUCGCUAAGAGAAGGGUGUCAUCGUCGUCGUCGUCGUCGUCGUCGCCAUCAUCACGGUUCAAAAGAGUCUGCGUGUUCUGCGGUAGCAGCACAGGGAAGAAGAAAGGCUAUCAGCUCGCAGCUAUCCAACUAGGAAAAGAAUUGGUGGAGAGGAACAUAGACUUGGUGUACGGCGGAGGGAGCGUUGGGCUCAUGGGUCUCGUCUCGCAAGCUGUUUUUGACGGCGGCCGCCAUGUCUUAGGGAUAAUUCCAAGGACGCUCAUGCCCAAAGAGAUAACCGGAGAGACCAUAGGGGAAGUGCAGCCCGUCGCCGGAAUGCACCAGAGGAAAGCCGAGAUGGCACGUCAGGCUGAUGCCUUUGUUGCUCUUCCCGGAGGGUACGGAACCCUAGAAGAACUGCUCGAGGUGAUAACUUGGGCUCAGCUGGGAAUCCAUGACAAGCCGGUGGGUCUUCUGAACGUCGAAGGGUACUACAACACACUGCUAUCGUUCAUCGACAAGGCUGUGGACGAGGGGUUCAUCUCUCCUGAUGCUCGCCAUAUUAUUAUCUCGGCACAGACAGCUCAUGAGUUACUGUCCAAGCUUGAGGAGUAUGAACCCAGGCAUGAGAGAGUUGCAUCCAAACUGAGGUGGGAGAUGGAGAAGUUGGGUCACCCCCCCAAGUCGUACAUCGCGCGCUAGUAGAACACCACCACCUUGUAUGAGUAAUUAUAAUUGCCCAGUGAUGCAACCAUUGUAAUCUUUACUUCAACUUUCGGAGUGUGUCAGUA